GAUGGCGUCUUCGGAGCAGGCAGAGCAGCCGAACCAGCCGAGCUCUACUCCAGGAAGUGAAAAUGUGGUGCCUCGGGAGCCGUUGAUGUGAAAUGAACUCCUACGUAGUUCCUGGGAAAGAAAGAUGCCAAACCACUUAUGGGCUGAUAAAAACCCUGUGCAUUACAGUCUCAAGCGGAGCGCUCACUUUCUGUUUCCAGCAGCUUCCAAUUGCCACAGCAGUGAAGUUUCUACAGAAUUCUCGGGUCCGCCAGAGCCCGCUUGCAACCAGGAGAGCAUUCCUGAAGAAGAAAGGGCUGACCGAUGAAGAGAUCGACCUGGCUUUUCAGCAGUCGGGCACUGCUGCCGAGGAGCCCGCGUCCUUGGGCCCAGCCACGCAGGUGGUUCCUCUGCAGCACCCCCACCUCAUUUCGCAGCCAUACAACCCUGCAGGUUCCCGGUGGCGAGACUAUGGUGCCUUGGCUGUCAUCAUGGCCGGAAUCGCGUUCGGCUUUCACCAGCUCUACAAGAAGUACCUGCUGCCCCUCAUCCUGGGUGGCCACGAGGACAGGAAGCAGCUGGAGAGGAUGGCAGCGAGUCUCUCCGAGCUGAGUGGCAGCGUGGCCCAGACAGUGACCCAGGUGCAGACGACGCUGGCCUCCGUCCAGGAGCUGCUGAGGCAGCAGCAGCAGAAAGUCCAGGAGCUGGCCCAGGAGCUGGCUGCGGCCAAGGCGAGGCCCAGGAAGCAGUGGUCCCGGGGCUCUGUGACAUCCUCUGAGGGUUUCACUCAAGCUGCUGUCCCAGCGAAAGCCACCCCUGUUGCACAGGCCACCACGUCUACCAACUGGAUCCUGGAGUCCCAGAAUAUCAGUGAACUCAAGGCAGAGAUUAACUCCUUGAAAGGGUUGCUUUUGAAUCGGAGGCAGUUCCCGCCGUCCCCUUCGCCGUCGGCCCCGAAGAUCCCCUCCUGGCAGAUCCCGGUCAAAUCGCCGUCACCCUCCAGCCCCGCGGCCGCCAACCAUCACAGCAGCAGUGACAUCUCCCCAGUGAGCAACGAGUCCACGUCGCCAUCACCUGGGAAGGAGAGCCAUAGCCCCGAGGGCGCCACGGCCGCCUACCACCUGCUGGGCCCGCAGGAGCAGGCCGAGGGCGAGGUGGACGUGAAGGGCCAGGUGCGCAUGGAGGUGCAGGGCGAGGAGGAGAAGAGGGAGGACGAGGAGGACGAGGACGCGGGCCAGGCGGACGAGGAGGACGUGCUGGGGGUGCAGAGGGAGGACCGCCGGGGUGGGGACGGGCAGAUCAACGAGCAGGUGGAGAAGCUUCGGCGGCCUGAGGGUGCCAGCAAUGAGAGCGGGCGGGCCUAGGGCCCCUCGCCGGGGUGUCGUCCAGCGCUGCCCUCUGCUCGGCCCAGGAGGGCGGCCGGCGUGGGUGGGUGGCGCUGUCUCCCCGUACAUGGGGGGGGGGGUGGUCCAGCAGCCUUGUCACCCCAGCCUGCGGCCCUGGGUCUGGUCCCCAAGGCGGGCGGCACCGGACCUGGGGCUCCAGGCCCGCCACCUCCUGGAGACGUCCUGCCCAAGCGUGUCUGUCAGGUGUCUCGGCUAGCGUGGCACCGUGCAUGGCAAGAGCUCCUGUUGUCCCCGUCUCCUCCUUCUCCCCGGUGGGGCGGAGCUGCAGUCCCCUUGCCCUCUGCUGUCCCCCUCCGUCCCCUGGGCCUGGCCUCCUCCUCUGCCACGUUUCAGAAGCCAGAGCCCUGGACCUGCUGUCGGCCCCCCACACCAGGACCCCGGCCCGUCCCACGUGCCCUCCCACCUUCAGACUCCUUGCCCGGCUCUGCGCAGCCCCUCUCCUACGGCGGAGGGCAGCAGGGCCUCCCCGAAACACGUGUCCCUCCGUGUGACCGUGUAGAUUCCGGAACAUGAGAGACGACUGUACAUAACUGUAAUAAAGACGAGUUGCCACUACUUAA